AUGGUAAGCCACCAUGAGCUGACCGCCGCGUCCAACGACAGCCCCGUCCUCAGCCAGCAGAACUGCGCAGCUCAAGGCCCGGAUAAGAGCAGCGGCAUCUGCACUAACAAGUGCAUGCGGCAGUAUAUGACGGCAAUGACCUUGAGCCCCGUCACCUGGGUGGGAGACAACUCAGUCUUCAGCAGCGCCACCCUCUUCUGGACACGUCCACGCUGGGGCGAUGCCGAUGGCAAGCACGUUCCGCUCUCCGACCAAGUGUCCGAGUACUCAAAGACGAAGUUCCUCCCAUCCUCCGAAUCCGCCGCCUUAUCCAAAAGCCUCGCGCUACUUCACAAGAGUCCAAAAGUCAGCACGAGUUCAACCGUCCCCCAGAAAACGACAACAACGACAACGGAGACGACGACGGAGACGACGACGACGGCGACGACGGCGGCGCUGCCGGCCAUCUUUCCCAGGUCAGCCUCUACGCCUACGCUCAGCGUCGCCUCGACAGCAUGCCUGCCCGACCCGAUGAAGCACCCGGCCGUGACUUCCCGCGAUCCGCGAGACCCCUACCGCGAGGAGACCUGGGUGAAGCCAACGAAUCCGGCAUGCGACCGGUUCGAUCCGAUGGGAUACAAUGCGAAUGAGCUGCUGUGGAUGUACCAAGACAAGAAGAAUCAUGUCGAGUGCUGGGACUAUGAGUCGUGCUGGGACCACUGCAAGAAAGUGAAGACCCGCGAGCACAAUCUCAGGAACAUCAUGCUCGGCAUUCUGGGUGCCAUCUGUGGCAUCGUGCUUGCCGCCGUGGCCUACAAGUUGUGGCAGAAGAAGAAGAAGGCGAAGGCGGACAAGGACACACAGGCGAGGAAGAAGUGGGGUCAUGAGCUCAGUCCCGCCGCCGCUCAGAAUGUGGAUGGUCCGAUGGAUACCGUUGCUGCUUCUGCUUCGGAUGAAGAGAGUGCGAGGAGAGCGGCCUCGUCAUUCAGGAUGGCAUUCAACGGGGGCGUGAUGAACAGGAGGGAUGCGAAUGCGUCGGGCAGCGAAAGUGUGCCUGCGCAGGAUGAUCGUACGGCGAUGAGGAGGGCCUACUGA